AGUCUGAAUGAGCUGCUCCUGGAAUUGGAGGAGAAAAUAGGCAAGAUUUUCUUCACUCGUGCUGCUUCUACCGAAGAUCUUGGCUGGCUUUGGCUUCUUCUUAAGUAAGAACUUGGUGGCUGGAUCCAGAUACAUGCAGGGGCAGAUUAUCCAUUAAAUUAGUCUCCAGUGCCCUGGUGGGCGCUGCUCCUUGAAACCCUCCUCAGUCUGCCUCCCCACUGAUUGGGCCAAUGUCACCUGCUGCACUUCAACUUUCGCUUUCCCUUUGGGUCUCUUCAGAAGAAGAGGAAGCCUGCCUGGCACUAUGAGGUACCGGUCAGUCCUGAAAACCAUCAGCAUCUGUGGCAACCUCCAGGGAGAAUAGAGUGGCAGGAAGCCUUGUGCCUCAAGCCUUGUUUCUCCUUUGCCUGAGGGGAGAGGAGAAGGUGAGAACCAGAAUCCUUUCAGUGGCACAGGCCCUCGUGGGUGGGGCUAACCUACUCCACCUGGUUACAGGCAAAGCCACAGCCAUGCAGUUAAGUUGUGGCUCACCUGUCAGGGUGAAAGAUAUUUGAAGGUAUACAGCAAUUCAAAGAGUAUAUCUCCCAUGUUCCCUACUGAGAAAAACGCUUGAGAAAAGACUUUACAAACAAUAAGUGAACCAGGACAGAAAUUUGAGAAGAAUGUCAAGAGGAGAAAGGAAACAGAGGCAAACACUGUACCAAAAAGAUGUUUACAUGUGUUUUGUUGACUACGAAAAGGCAUUAGACUGUGUGAAUCAUAACAAAUACCAUAAUUCAAAGGCACCAAUUCUUCUUUGGUCUUCCUUAUUAAUUGCUCAACUUUCCCAUGCAUAUGAGGCAGUUGAAAACACCAAGGCUUGGGUCAGGCGAACCUUAGCCUUCAAAGUGAUAUCUUUGCUUUUGAGCACUUUAAAGAGGUCUUUUAUAGCAGGUUUGCACAAUGCAAUGCAUCGUUUGAUUUCUCGACUGCUGUUCUGUGGGUGUUGAUUGUGGAUCCCAGUAAAAUGAAAUCCUUGACAACUUCAAUCCUUUCUUCGUUUAUUGUGAUGUUGCUUAUUGGCCCAUUUGUGAAGAUGGUUGUUUUCUUCAUGUUGAGUUGUAAUCCAUCCUGAAGUCUGUAGUUUUUGAUAUUCACCAUUAAAUGCUUCAAGUCCUUUUCACUUUCAUCAAGCAAGGUUGUGUCAUCUGUGUAUCGUAGGUUGUUUAUAAGUCUUCCUUCAAUCCUGAUGCCCUGUUCUUCUUCAUAUAGUCUAGCUUCUAGGAUUAUUUGCUCAGCAUACAGAUUGAAUAAGUAUGGUGAAAGGAUACAACCCUGACACACAUCUCUCCAGACUUUAAAGGAUGAAGUAUCUCCUUGUUCUGUUCCGAUGAGUGUCUCUUGGUCUAUGUCCAGGUUCCUUGUGAGCAUAAUUAAGUGUUCUGGAGCUUCCAUUCUUUGCAAUAUUAUCCACAAUUUGCUAUGAUCCACAUAGCUGAAUGCCUUUGCAUAGCCAAUAAAAUACAGGUAAACAUCUUUCUGGUAUUCUCUGUUUUCAGCCAAGAUUCAUCUGACAUCAGCAAUCAUAUCACUUGUUCCAUGUCCUCUUUUGAAUUUGACUUGAAUUUCUGGCAGUUCCUUGUUCAUCUACUACUACAACUGAUUUUUAAUAAUCUUAAGGUUAUAGUAGUACAUUGACAAGAAACUGCCAGAAACUCAUGACAAAUUAUGGAUAACAUUGUGAAGAAUGGAAGCUCCACAACACUUAAUUGUGCUCAUGAGAAACUUGUACAUAGACAAAGAGACGGUCGUUUGAACAGAACUAAGGGAUACUGUGUAGUUUGAGACUUAGAAAUAGAGUGUCAGGGUUGUAUCCUAUCACUAUAAUUAUUCAAUCCAUAUGCUAAACAAAUAAUCUGGCAAACUGGACUAUAUGAAGAAGAAUGUGGCAUCAAGCCUGGAGGAAGGCUUAUUAACGACUUUCGAUAUGCAGAUGACACAGUAUUGCUUCCUGAACGUGAAGAGGACUUGAAACACUGACGAAGAUCAAAGACUACAGCCUUCGGUUUGGAUUACACCUCAACAUAAAGAAAAGAAAAAUCCUCACAAAUGGACCAAUAAGCAACAUCAUGAUAAACAGAGAAAAGAUUGAAGUUAUCAAGGAUUUCAUUUUACUUGGGUCCAUAAUCAACACCCAUGGAAGUGGCACUCAAGAAAUCAAAAGACACAUUGCAUUGGGCAAAUCUGCUGUAAAGAACCUCUUUAAAGUGUUCAAAAAGAAGGAUGUCAACUUGAAGACUAAGGUGUGCCUGACCCAAGCCAUGGUGUUUUUGAUUGCCUCAUAUGCAUGUGAAAGCUGAACAAUUAAUAAGGAAGACUGAAGAAGUAUUGAUGCCUUUGAAUUAUGGUGUUGGCCAAGAAUGUUGAAUAUACCAAGGACUUCCAGAAGGACAAACAAAUCUGUCUUGGAAGAAGUACAACCAGAAUGGUCCUUAAAAUCAUAGAUGGUGAGACUUUGUCUGACAUACUUUGGACAUGAUAUUAGGAGGGACCAGUCCCUGGAAAAUGACAUCAUGCUUGUUAAAAUACGCUGUCAGCAAAAAAGAGGAAGACCCUCAAGGAGAUGAACUGGCACAGUGGCUGCAACAAUGGGCUCAAGCAAAGCAAUGAUUGUGAGGAUGGCACAGGACCGGGCAGUGCUUCAUUUUGUUGUGCAUAGUGCCUUUAUGAGUUACAAUUGACUCUACAGCCCUUAACAACAACUAACAUCGAACUAAAAAUAAGAAAAUAUCCCAGCAAAACCUGGGAGUUAGGAAUAUUGUUGUUGGUUGUUGUGGAGUUGAUUCUGAAUCAUGGCAACCCCGUAUGUUAGAGAAGAACUGCUCCAUAGGGUUUUCUUGGUUGUACUCUUAACGGAAGCAGAUUGCCAAAUCUAUCUACCACUAUACUGCUCGAUGGAUUUGAACCACCAAUUUUUAGGUUACCAGUUGAGUGAAAAACUUUUGUGACACCUAGGAAAAGGACUUAAGAAUACAUAGGUGUAGUGAAAAAGAGAAUUUAAAGUAUUCCCAAAACUUUGCUGGUAAGGUGUUGUGAGAAAGUGAAAAUAUUCCAAAGGUCUCAAUUUAUCACAUGGGAGUGGCAGAGGAACAUUUCUCUUGGUGAGGGACAGUGUGAGUUUUAGGAGAGAAAGUAAUUGGUAUUUUCUUUUCAGAUAAUAAUAAGGAAAUAUGAUCUGAUUAGGAAGGCAGGGAAAGUGCAUGUAACCAUUUAAUAAAACGAAAAAUCAAAGUAGAACUUUCAAAUCAACAGGGGGCAAAAUGGAAUGUGUAACACCUUGGUCAAAAUUGCAAAAAUAAAGAUAAUAAAAAACAGAAACAACAAUACAUAAUAAGUAAGUAAGAUGUGAGGAAUGAAGUAAUUUACAGCAGUCAUUACACCAAAUGUGUAUGGACUAAAUUGACCUUUCCUUAGUUUUCUCCUUGGCUCUGAAGGUAUUUCAAAACAACCUAAUAAGGAGUAGACUCUGGAGAAGCUAACUUAUUGUUACUCAGUGAUACCUAUCACUAAUAAUUCUAAGAUUAGGUAGAACUUUGGACUAAAACUCAGUAAUCUGCAUACGAUAUUGAUGCUUUGUGAAAUAUAAAGCCUCAGGCUGCAGUCUUGACUGAGGAAUGUGAUAAAGUGAGUAAAAAGCUAGCUUACCACACCUCCUGAAUUUAUGCUCUGCUUAGAGAAAAAAAAAAAAAUUUUUUUUUUUUUUUUUUAGUGCAGGGAAAUUUUCUUGGGGCUUAAAAACUCUAUUUCUGACAACCUAAUUCUUGUCUCUGCUUUGUUGUGGCUUUGCCAUGUCUGAACAGGUCUACAGAGAUCUCUACAGUCCCUGCUUCUUGAGUUUUGUGAGGCUCCUAAAAUGGUGCUCAAAGGAGGGCAGGCAGAGUUGUGUUGUUGAGGACAGAGGAUCAUUUCUGGUGGCUGAUAUAAACUCUAUUUUAAGGCAACUCUUUCCAUAUCUGUCCUAGUAAGCAGAUCAAAAAUAAAUACACUUGUCAAAGAUUUGAAUAAAUGAUUACGAGGUCCUAUCUGCUUCUAAUGUACAGUCAAGUUUCAAACACCUCUGCUUUAGACAGCACUUGUUCUCAAAUGUUGGUGUGCAUCAGAAUCCCUGGGAGGGUUUUAAAGGCAAAAUUGCUGGGCUCCACCUACUGAGUUCCUGAUUCACUGGGCCUGGAGUAAGGUCCAAGAAUUUACGUAUUUAACAAGCUCCCUCCCACUGCUUUCAGGUGUUUACUGAUUUAGUUAUAUUUGCAAUGUAAGAUUGACAUUAAUUAGGAGUGGUGUGGAAAAAUACAAUCUUGCUUUAUAGAUAGAUUUUGCUCCUGCACCAUUGUGAAGAUUAUCUACCCUCAUAACGAUUCCAUGUACCACAGAAUGAAACACUGCCUUGUCCUGUGCCAUGCUCACAGUCGUUGUUAUACUUGAGCUUAUUGUUGCAGCCACCGUGUCACUCCAUCUCGUUGAGAGUCUUCUUUUCUGCUGACCCUGUACUUUACCAAGCAUGAGUUCCUUCGCCAGGGACUGAUCUCUCCUGACAACGUGUCCAAAGUAUGUAAGACCCAGUCUCGCCAUCCUUGCUUCUAAGGAGCAUUCUGGUUGUACUUCUUCCAAGACAGAUUUGUUCUUUCUUUCGGUAGGUGAAUGUAUAUUCAAUAUUCUUCAGCAGUACCACAAUUCAAAGGCGUCAUUUCUUCUUCUGUCUUCCUUAUUCAUUGUCCAGCUUUCACAUGCAUAUGAUGCAAUGGAAAAUACCAUGGCUUGGGUCAGGCCCACCUUAAUCUUCAAGAUGGCAUUUUUGCUUUUCAACAUUUUAAAGAGGUCCUUUGCCAAGGAUUUGUCCAAUACAAUUUGUCUUUUGAUUUCUUGACUGCUGCUUCCACGGGUGUUGAUUGUGGAUCCAAGUAAAAUGAAAUCCUUGACAACUUCAAUCUUUUCUCCAUUUACCAUGAUGUUGCUUAUCGGCCCAGUUGUGAAGAUUUUUGUUUUCUUUACGUUGAGGUGUAAUCCAAACUGAAGGCUGUAGUCUUCGAUCUUCAUCAGCAAGUGCUUCAAGUCCACUUCACUUUCUGCAAGCAAGGUUGUGUCAUCUGCAGGACUCAGGUUGUUAACGAAUCUUCCUCCAAUGCUGAUGCCCUGUUACUCUUCAUAUAGUCCAACUUCUAGGAUUAUUUUCUCAACAUACAGAUUGAAUAGGGAUGGUGAAAGGAUACAAUCCUGACACACACCCUUCCUGACUUUAAAGCAUGCAGUAUACCAUUGUUCUGUUUGACCAGCUGCCUCUUCAUCUAUGUCCAGCUUCCUCUUGAGCACAAUUAAGUGCUUGGGAAUUCUUAUUCUUAGCAAUGUUAUCCAUUAUUUGUUAUGAUCCACACAGUUGAUUGUCUUUGCACAGUCAAUAAAACACAGGUAAACAUCCUUCUGGUAUUUUCUGCUUUCAGCCAGGAUCCAUCUGACAUCAGCCAUGAUAUUCCUAGUUCUACAUCCUCUUCUGGAUCUUGCCUGAAUUUUUGGCAGUUCCCUGUUGAUAUACUGCUGCAGCCACUUUUGAAUGAUCUUCAACAAAAUUUUGCUUGUGUGUGACAUUAAUGAUAUUGUUCCAUAAUUUCCACAUUCGAUCUGAUCACCUUUCUUGGGAAUAGGCAUACAUAUGGAUAUCUUCCAGUCAGUUGGUCAGGCAGCUGUGUUCCAAAUUUCUUGGCAUAGAUGAAUGAGCACUUCCAGUGUUGCAUCUGUUUCUUGAAACAUCUCAGUUGGUAUUCGGUCAAUUCCUGGAGCCUUGUUUUUCACCAAUGCCUUCAGUGCAGCUUGAACUUCUUUGUUCAGUACCGUCAGUUCCUGAUCAUAUGCUAUCUCUUGAAAUGGCCAGACUUUGACCAAUUCUUUUUGGUAUAAUGACUCUGUGUAUUCCUUCCAUCUAUCCUUAUUGGUUGGUACCUCCAACAUAAUUUUUGAGUCUAUAUGAUUCCCUUAACAAAUUCUAAGGAGUAAUAAAAGUAACUUUAAAUAUAUUGCAUUCCAGUAUGGAAAUGCUCACAGCUGGAGCACACAGCUCCAGAACCGACUCCAUUUCAGCUACUUAUGACAUCUUGACAUGUGGCUUAGAAAACUUUCAUAGGAGUUUUGGAGCCACUCUGGGCCUGUAGAGACACAGCUAUAUAUCCAUGUAAAAUGCUUAGAUAUGUUUCCCCAUUCAGGAAGUUCUGGAAUUCCCAUUCUUCGCAAUGUUAUCCAUAGUUUGUUAUGAUAUACACAGUCGAAUGCCUUUGCAUAGUAAAUAAAACACAGGUAAACAUCCUUCUGGUAUUCUCUGCUUUCAGCCAGGAUCCAUCUGACAUCAGCAAUGAUAUCCCUGGUUCCGUGUCCUCUUCUGAAACCGGCCUGAAUUUCUGGCAGUUCCCUGUUGAUAUACUGCUGCAGCCAUUUUUGAAUGAUCUUCAGCAAAAUUUUGCUUGCGUGUGAUAGUAAUGAUAUUGUUCUAUAAUUUCCAUAUUCGGUUGGAUCACCUUUCUUGGGAAUAGGCAUAAAUAUGGAUCUCUUCCAGUCAGUUGGCCAGGAAGCUGUCUUCCAUAUUUCUUGGCAUAGACGAGUGAGCACCUCGAGCUCUGCAUCUGUUUGUUGAAACAUCUCAACUUAUAUUCCAUCAAUUCCUGGAGCCUUGUUUUUCGCCAAUGCCUUCAGAGCAGCUUGGACUUCUUCCUUAAGUACCAUCAGUUCCUGAUAGCAUGCCACCUCUUGAAGUGGUUGAACAUCGACUAAUUCUUUUUGGUAUAAUGACUCUGUGUAUUCCUUCCAUCUUCUUUUGAUGGUUCCUGUGCCGUUUAAUAUUUUCCCCAUGGAAUCCUUCACUAUUACAACUCGGGGCUUGAAUUUUUUCCCUCAGUUCUUUAAUUUUGAGAAACGCCGAGUGUGUUCUUUCCUUUUGGUUUUCUAUCUCCCGCCCUUUGCACAUGUUGUUAUAAUACUUUGUCUUCUCGAGAGGCCCUUUGAAAUCUUCUAUUCAGUUCUUUGACUUCAUCAAUUCUUCCUUUUGCUUUAGCUGCUUGACGCUCAAGAGCAAGUUUCAGAGUCUCCUCUGACAUCCAUUUUGGUCUUUUCUUUCUUACCUGUCUUUUCAGUGACCUCUUGCUUUCUUCAUGUAUGAUGUCUUUGAUGUCAUUCCACAACUCAUCUGGUCUUCGGUCACUAGUGUUCAUUGUGUCAAAUCUAUUCUUGAGAUGGUCUGUAAAUUCAGGUGGGAUACACUCAAGGUCAAAUUUUGGCUCUUGUGGACUUGCUCUGAUUUUCUUCAGUUUCAGCUUGUACUUGCACAUGAGCAAUUCAUGGUUUGUUCCACAGUGGCCUUGUUCUGACUGAUGAUAUUGAGCUUUUCCAUCGUCUCUUUGCACAGAUGUAGUCAAUUUGACUUCUGUGUGUUGCAUCUGGCGAGGUCCAUGUGUAUAGUCUCCAUUUAUGUUGGUGAAAGAAGGUAUUUGCAAUGAAGAAGUCGUUGGUCUUGCAAAAUUCUAUCAUUUGAUCUCUGGCUUUGUUUCUAUCACCAAGACCAUAUUUUCCAACUACUGAUCCUUCUUCUUUGUUUCCAACUUUUGGCUUAAAGUCAGGAAAGGUGUGCGUCAGGGUUGUAUUCUUUCACCGUACCUAUUUAAUUUGUAUGCUGAACAAAUAAUACGAGAAGCUGGACUAUAUGAAAAAGAACGGGGCAUCAGGAUUGGAGGAAGACUCAAUAACCUGCAUUAUGCAGAUGACACAACUUUGCUGGCUGAAAGUGAAGAGGACUUGAAGCACUUACUAAUGAAGAUCAAAGACCACAGCCUUCCGUAUGGACUGCACAUCAAUAUAAAAAAACCCAAAAAUCCUCACAACUGGACCAAUGAGCAACAUCAUGAUAAACGGAGAAAAGAUUCAAGUUGUCAAGGAUUUCAUUUUACUUGGACCCACAAUCAACAGCCAUGGAAGCAGCAGUCAAGAAACCAAAAGAUGUAUUACAUUGUGUAAAUCUGCUGCAGAGGAUCUCUUCAAAGUGUUGAAGAGCAAAGAUGUCACCCUGAAGACUAAGGUGCGCCUGACCCAAAAUACCUGACCAAAGCCAUGGUAUUUUCAAUCACAUCAUAUGCAUGUGAAAGCUGGGCAAUGAAUAAGGAAGACCGAAGAAGAGUUGUUGCCUUUGAAUUGUGGUGUUGGUGAAGAAUAUUGAAUAUACUAUGGACUGCCAAAAGAACAAACAAAUCUGCCUUGGAAGAAGUGCGGCCAGAAUGCUCCUUAGAGGCAAGGAUGCCGAGACUGCAUCUUGCAUACUUUGGACAUGUUGUCAGGAGGGAUCAGUCCCUGGAGAAGGACGUCAUGCUUGGCAGAGUACAAGGGUCAGCGGAAAAGAGGAAGACCCUCAACGAGGUGGACUGACACAGUGGCUGCAACAAUGAGCUCAAGCAUAACAAUGAUUGUAAGAAUGGUGCAGGACUGGGUAGUGUUUCAUUCUGUGUUGCAUAGGGCCACUGUGAGACAGAGCCGACUCGACGGCACUGAACAACAGCAACGUUUCCCCAGGGUUUAGCUGCACAAGAUUUUUCCAUGACAGCUUCAGUCAGAGUCAGUGAGUGUCCAGUGCUCACAUGGAACUCUACCUGUUAAUUUAUACAUGUUGACCCUGAGAGGCAAGUGGUGGGCUUAACUUUACUUGAGACAGAAUGCAUUUCUGAGUGUGUAUUGAUUUUUGAAAAAGUGCUAUAAGUUGAUCUUAGAUUUGCUACAAAAUAUAAAAUUCAGCAAGCAACACCUAUUUUGAAUGUAAUACAGUGUACAGAAGAGAACUAUAUCUAGAAACUGUCGCUGCAAUAGGCUUACUACAGAAUCUGAUUACCCCUGAAAUCUCUGCAUGCUCCUCUCUUGAUAGCUUGUGCAGUGGACUCAUAAGAACCGAAUCUGAAAAGAACAAAAGGACUGAUUGUAUUCACAAAGUAUUGUAAGAAUAAAUACAAUACGUUGGUUUUAUAUAAGUAAUUAGUUGACAAAAUAACUACCAAAACUUCUAGAACAGCAUAAACUGUGGAGGACAGAACUAGGAUAAUACAUAUUAUUUAUAGAAAAAGAAACAUUAGCUUUCUGAAAAUCCUUCUGAAAUCUUUAUGCUUCCUAAUUCUAUAUUAUUAGAUAUUUAAAAAUACACCUACUCCUCACUUAUUGACCAUCUUGUUAUCCAACAUUUCUCAUUUAUGACAAUAGUAAAAAGUGUACUAUCUAUUUUGUGCAUUAACGGUGUACAUCUGGCAGUAAUGAAUGCCGAGGUGCAAAGUGAGGGUAACCCUGUCUGUGAUGAUUAAGGUUAUGUGUCAACUUGGCAGGGCCAUGAUUUUCAGUGACUUGGCAGUUAUGUAAUGAUAUAAUUUGGCCAUUAUAUAAUGAUGUAGUCAUCCUCCAUUUUGUGAUCUGAUGUGGUCAUCAUACAUUUCUGUACAAUGCUGAUUUUCACAUAAUGACCUGGUCUUUUGAACCUAACCAUGUCAAUAAGUGAGGAGUGGGUAUAAUAUACAAUAAUUACUUUUAGAACCUGAUAAAAUAUAAAGUUAUUUCUAAGUUGAAAAAGUUCAUACUACACAUCUAGGUAAAACUAUUUAUAAAAGGUUAUAAAUAAAGCAAUAUAUGUUUUUUCCAGCAAACAUAAAUGUGGAUUUCUGAUGACUAAGCACUAAAUAGAAUGUUGUAAUUUUCAGACUAAUGAAAUUACAAUGUGCUAAAAAUAAUCACGUAUCACACACAUGUUCUUCAAAUUGUUGUGCAUGGACAUUUACGUACCACUAGGAAAGGCUGGUAGUUGGAAAAUAUGGCCUUGGUGAUAAAAACAAUGCUGGAAAUCGAAUGAUAAAAUUUUGCAAGACCAAUGACUUCUUCAUUGCAAAUACCUUCUUUCACCAACAUAAAUGGAGACUAUACACAUGGACCUCGCCAGAUGCGACACACAGAAAUCAAAUUGACUACACCUGUGCAAAGAGACGAUGGAAAAGCUCAAUAUCAUCAGUCAGAACAAGGCUGGGGCCGACUAUGGAAGAGACCGUCAAUUGCUCAUAUGGAAGUUCAAACUGAAACUGAAGAAAAUCAGAGCAAGUCCACGAGAGCCAAAAUAUGACCUUGAGUUUAUCCCACCUGAAUUUAGAGAUCAUCUCAAGAAUAGAUUUACGCAUUGAACACUAGUGACUGAAGACCAGAUGAGUUGUGUAACGACAUCAUACAUGAAAAAAGUAAGAGGUCAUUGAAAAGACAGGAAAGAAAAGACCAAAAUGGAUGUCAGAGAAGACUCUGAAACUUGCUCUUGAGCAUCAAACAGCUAAAGCAAAAGGAAGAAUUGAUGAAGUAAAAGAACUGAACAGAAGAUUUCAAAGGGCUUCUGGAGAAGACAAAGUAAAGUAUUAUAAUGACAUGUGCACAGAACUGGAGAUGGAAAACCAAAAGGGAAGAACAUGCUCGGCAUUUCUCAAGCUGAAAAAACUGAGGGAAAAAUUCAAGUCCUGAGUUGCAAUAGUGAAGGAUUCUAUGGGGAAAAUACUAAAUGAUGCAGGAACCAUCAAAAGAAGACAGAAGGAAUACACAGAGUCAUUAUACCAAAAAGAAUUAGUCAAUGUUCAACCAUUUCAAGAGGUAGCAUAUGAUCAGGAACCGAUGGUACUGAAGGAAGAGGUCCAAUCUGCACUGAAGGCAUUGACUAAAAACAACACUCCAGGAAUUGAUGGAAUAUCAAUUGAGAUGUUUCAACAAACAGAUGCAGCAUUGGAGGUGAUCACUCAUCUAUGCCAAGAAAUAUGGAAGAUAGCUUCCCGGCCAACUGACUGGACCCAGCCACAGCUGUCGAGUCAAUUCCGACUCAUAGGAACCCUAUAGGACAGAGUAGGGCUGCCCCAUAGAGUUUCCAAGGAGUGCCUGGCGGAUUCGAACUGGUGACCUCUUGGUUAGCAGCCACAGCACUUAACCACUACGCCAUCAGGGUUUCCACCUGACUGGAAGAGGUCCAUAUUUGUGCCUAUUCCCAAGAAAGGUGAUCCAGUAGAAUGCAGAAAUUAUAGAACAAUAUCAUUAAAAUCACAUGCAAACCAAAUUUUGCUGAAGAUCUUUCAAAAGUGGUUGCAGCAGUAUAUCGACAGGGAACUGCAAGAAAUUCAGGCCGGUUUCAGAAGAGGACGUGGAACCAGGGAUAUCAUUGCUGAUGUCAGAUGGAUCCUGGCUGAAAGCAGAGAAUACCAGAAGGAUGUUUACCUGUGUUUUACUGACUAUGCAAAGGUAUUCGACUGUGUGGAUCAUAACAAAUAAUGGAUAACAUUGCAAAGAAUGGGUAUUCAAGAACACUUAAUUGUGCUCAUGAGGAAACUUUACAUAGAUCAAGAGGCAGUUAUUCGGACAGAACAAGGAGAUAAAACAAGGAGAUAGUAAGUGGUUUAAAGUCAGGAAAGGUGUGCAUCAGGGUUGUAUCCUUUCACCAUACCUAUUCAAUCUGUAUGCUGAGCAAAUAAUCUGAGAAGCUGGACUUUAUGAAGAAGAACAGGGCAUCAGGAUUUCAGAAACACUCAUUUACAACGUUUGUUAUGCAGAUGACACAACUUUGAUUGCUGUAAGUGAAAAGGACUGGAAGCACUUACUGAUGAAGAUCAAAGACCACAGCCUUCAGUGUGGAUUGCACCUCAACAUAAAGAAAACAAAAAUCCUCACAACUGGACCAAUGAGCAACAUCGUGAUAAAUGGAGAAAAGAUUGAAGUUGUCAAGGAUUUCAUUUUACUUGGAUCCACAAUCAACAGCCAUAGAAGCAGUAGUCAAGAAAUCAAAAGAUGCAUUGCAUUGGGCCAAUCUGCUGCAAAGGAGCUCUUUAAAGUGUUGAAAAGUAAAGCUGUCACCUUGAAGACUAAGGUGCGCCUGACCCAAACCAUGGUAUUUUUAAACUCACCAUAUGCAUGUGAAAGCUGGACAAUGAAUAAGGAAGGCUGAAGAAGAAUUGAUGCCUUUGAAUUGCAGUGUUGGGGAAGAAUAUUGAAUACACCAUGGACUGCCAAAAAGGAACAAAUCUCUAUCGGAAGAAGUACAACCAGAAUGCUCCUUAGAAGCAAGGAUGGAGACACUGCGUCGUGUAUAUUUUGGACGUCUUGUCAGAAGGGAUCAGUUCCUGGAUAUGGACACCAUGCUUGGCAAAGUACAGGGUUAGUGGAAAAGAGGAAGACCCUCAACAAGGUGGAUUGACACAGUGGCUGCAACAAUGAGCUAAAGCAUAAGGAUUGUAAAUAUGAUGCAGGACUGGGCAGUGUUUCAUUCUGUUGUGCACAAAGUCCCUGUCAGUUGGAACUGACUCGAUGGCACCUGACAACAACAACAGGAAAGAGUUGAAAUUCAUUAUUUAUGAUUCCAAAAUUUGAAUGUUACUAUCACUUCAGGAAUGAUUAUAACUUCAACAUAAUCCUCCUCAUGAAGAACAAAUAUUUGAAAAACAUAUUAAUUGCAUGCAGUGAGAUUUCAUAUUGAAAAUAAGUUUCAUAUUAAUUUCAAUCAGCCUUAAAGCAGGUCUGUAGCAAGACUGCUAGCUGGAAGAGGUUUUUGUACUGAAACAUCAUAAAUGUGUGUCCUCUUGUGGGGUGGAGAUCACAGCACCUGGGGAGAAGCAGGAGAGAAAGGAGUCAGGAGAGGGCAAGGGAGGGAGAAACAGUCUUAGGGAUUUGAUCCAUUUGGGAAGAGGGAAUGAGGCUGGUGCAGUAGAUCUGUCCCUGGAGCCCUUGGUAUAAGUGCUUCCCUGAGGGGCUUUUAUGAAGGAAGAUGAACAGCCCAGCUGCCCGGCUUCCAACAAGCUGAAGUUGUUGGUGCUGACCUCGUAUCUGUUCCUGAAGACUCAACCUGAAGGAAUUGUGCAAAUUAGACUCUGUGUUUGGGGAUGGUUCCUGCAUCAAAGUAAGGACUGGCUUGGUAUGGUAUUCUCGUACAGGCCAGAGGUGACAGUACUCUUGGAGGAUAUUGAUAUAUGUGGACAAAGAAUGGUAAAAGUCUGAGGCACAUACAUGGUUUGUUACAUAAGAAGUGGGGAGAGUAAGGUCUGGGAAGGGAGCGAGAGGGUGCAGGCUAGCUGUAGGUUGGUAAAUAAAGAGAUACUACCCAAUAAAUAACUAAAACCAAACCCAUUGCAGUCGAGUUGAUUUUGACCCAUAGCGACCCUACAGGACAGAGUAGGACUGCCCCAUAGAGUUUCCAAGGAGCACCUGGUGGAUUCGAACUGCCAACAUUUUGGUUAGCAGCUGUAGCUCUUAACCACUACACUACCAGGGCUUCUGCACACAGGUGCCCUGAUUAUCAGACUGGCCAUAGAAAACGGAAAGCAUAUUGCCUUAGAAGACAGACUCCAUUUGACAAAACAUGAGCAGAGCCCUGAGAACAGCAGGUAUCUGGGCUGGGCUGUCCCAAGUAUGUCGUUGGUGGGGAGGUGGUCAUGGUGUCUUGGGAAGGUUUGAAAAGAAAUUUACAGGGAGAUGGCACCUGAGUAGGGAUUUUUAGAAGGAACUCCUGUUAGAUUAAAGUUGGGAGAACAAUGCCACAGGCAAUUCCCAACCCCUGAGCUCCCUGGCCUUAAUCUCUGAUUCCAAUUAAUAAAAUUUCUCCUGGUUCUCCCUCUCCCUUAACACCUGUCCAUCAUCAGCUUCUGUAAUCUGCCCUCCUCUCAGGCCCUGCCUUUGUUGGUUGCGUCUUUCUUUUUUCUCUUUCCCUUGUCUUGCUCUGGGGAGCAUACCUGCCCCACUCCCCUCUGGUGCCAUCUCACUUGUCUUCCUUUUCUUCCACCUUCUCCGGGAGGAUGGCUACCAUCACUGGAGAGAACUUUCUUACAUAGCGGAGGAAUGCUGGAUGAAGACAGUUCUCUGUCCCAAGGCCAGCUAUCUAGACUCUCUUGAUGGGGACUUCAAUGGAAGAACAAUUUCUACCAGCACUGAGCAUAUGGUAAUAGGAGAUUUUCCUCUCCAGAAGGAAAAAUGAGCGAUACCGAGAGAGAACUGGAGUGAAAGAAAUAAUGUUAUGAACUUAAGGUAUAUCUUAGACACUUUAUGGGGCAGUUUUACUUUGUCAUAUAGGGUCACUAUGACUUGAUAUUGACUUGGUGGCACACAACAACACUUUGAUUAGUUGCAGAUAGUGGAUCUUUUAACUAGAUAGUCACUCAUUCAGGGCACAGAACAGAUCCUUUUUACCAUUGUGUGUUUCUUUUAUUUACAUGUUCAAAGAAAAUGGACAGUAUGGGGUAUGCUAAAAACAUCUGGUGACUUCAGAAAGCAUAUUCAUGGAAAAUCUGUAUUUUUCUCUGUUUCCAUGACCCUGGUGGUCUCUCCAGAUAUGAAUAUCUUAAACCGCACUGGGGUUAGCUACACAGUCUUCCACUUGCUGGGCAUCCCUGGCCUAGAGGACCAGCACAUGUGGAUCUCCAUCCCCUUCUUCGUUUCCUAUGUCAUUGCCCUGCUUGGGAAUAGCCUGCUCAUCUUCAUUAUCCUCACAAGGCGCAGCCUCCACGAACCCAUGUACCUCUUCCUCUGCAUGCUGGCUGGAGCAGACGUUGUCCUCUCCACAUGCACAGUACCUCAGGCCUUGGCCAUCUUCUGGUUCCGUGCUGGGGAGAUAUCCCUGGACCGCUGCAUCACUCAAUUCUUUAUCAUCCACUGCACUUUCAUCUCUGAGUCAGGAAUCUUGCUGGUGAUGGCGUUUGACCGCUACAUUGCCAUUUGCUACCCGCUGAAAUACACUACCAUUCUUACACACGCCCUGAUUGCAAAAAUUGGUGGGACUAUCUUUCUGAGAAGUUAUGGUACAAUUUUCCCCAUAGUAUUUCUUUUGAAAAGAUUGACUUUCUGUCAAAAUAAUAUUAUUCCACAUACCUUUUGUGAACACAUUGGCUUGGCCAAAUAUGCUUGUAAUGAUAUUCGAGUGAAUAUCUGGUAUGGACUUUUUGUUAUAGUAUCAACAGUGGUCUUAGAUGUUUUGCUAAUUUUUGUUUCCUAUGUGCUGAUUCUCUGUGCUGUCUUCUGCAUGCCUUCCCAAGAUGCUCGUCACAAAGCACUUAACACAUGUGGCUCCCAUGUUUGCAUCAUCAUCCUAUUUUAUGGGCCUGCAAUCUUCACAACCCUUACCCAACGGUUUGGACGCUAUAUCCCACCUCAUGUCCACAUUUUGUUGGCUAAUGUCUGCAUUCUUGUUCCACCUAUGCUGAAUCCCGUCAUUUAUGGAAUCAAGACAAAGCAAAUCCGGGAGCAGGUGGCUUAUAUAUUUUUUCCAAAGCAGAAAUAACUUCAAUAUGAACAGCAGGACUUACUUUUCCAUUGUCUAAACACCUGAGAGAGAACUGCCAUUUUUGACUGAGGAAGCUUCCUUUUGUACAGAUCCUGGGGCUGGAUGGACUGAUCUCCACAAGUCAUGUAGCCUUUAUGACUCCAGUCUGCUCUUUGGAUAUGGAUGAAGUGAGAACCAUGCUCUGCCUGGGAAUUUGUGCAGCUAGUCUGCACUGGGAAACACUGGUGGUGUAGUGGUUCAGAGCUACGGCUACUAACUAAAAAAAGACUGGCAGUUCGAAUCCACCAGGUGCUCCUUGGAAACUCCAUGGGGCAGUCGUACU